AUGACAAAAUUCCGUCCAUGCAUUGACCUCCACUCUGGUCAAGUCAAGCAAAUAGUAGGCGGAACAUUGAGUUCUGUGGCCGGUGAUCUGAAAACAAACUAUGUCUCCAAACUGCCCGCAACCCAUUAUGCCAAUCUAUACAAGGAAAACGAUCUUCGCGGGGGUCAUGUGGUGAUGCUUGGAAAGGGAAACACUGAAGCUGCUGAUGAGGCCUUGCGGACGUGGCCUGGUGGUUUGCAAGUUGCUGGGGGGAUCAAUGAUCAAAACGCCCAGGAUUGGAUUCGGCGAGGCGCAGAAAAGGUCAUCAUUACAUCCUUUCUCUUCCCAGAAGGCAAAUUCUCUCUCGACCGCCUCAAAUCUGUCCUAUCCUCGUUGGGAAACGACACGUCAAAGCUAGUACUGGACCUGAGCUGUCGACGAAAAGACCAGACCUGGUUUGUUGCCAUGGAUCGCUGGCAGACCAUCACUGAGAUGGAAAUCACACAGGAGUCAAUAUCCAUGCUCGAGCCCUAUUGCUCCGAAUUCCUAAUCCACGCCGCAGACGUCGAGGGCCUGCAGCAAGGCGUCGACGAAGAACUAGUAUCAAAACUUGCCCAGUGGUGCUCGAUCCCGGUGACAUAUGCUGGCGGCGCAAGACACCUGCAAGACCUUGAGAAGGUGCAUGCGAGCAGCGGCGGCAAAGUCGAUUUGACGAUAGGAAGCGCAUUGGAUAUUUUUGGAGGCGAGGGUGUUACUUUUGAGGAAUGUGUGCGGUGGAAUAAGAGUCAUUGA